AUGACUGUCGAGGAUGAAGACGGCCAUGUCACGUCUGUGAGUUGGGCUCCUGAUGGGCAUCAUAUUGCUAUUGGUUUAAACAACUCUGAAGUGCAGCUAUGGGAUACAACUUCCGAUAAGCAGUUGAGAACAUUGAGAGGUGGACAAAGGCAGCGUGUUGGGUCAUUGGCAUGGAACAACCACAUACUCACAACUGGAGGAAUGGAUGGUAGAAUUCUAAACAAUGAUGUACGAGUUAGAUCACCCAUUGUUGAUACAUACAGAGGACAUGAACAAGAAGUUUGUGGGUUGAAAUGGUCGGCUUCAGGUCAACAAUUAGCCAGUGGAGGAAAUGAUAAUCUACUUUAUAUCUGGGACAGAGGUACAUCAUCUUCUGCUUCCCCAACAUAG